AUGACAUUCGGUGCAGCGUGUUCUCCUUGUACAGCGCAAUAUGUGAAGAAUGAGAAUGCCGAAAAAUAUCUUUCACAGUAUCCUCGAGCGGUACAAUGCAUUAAGGAGGAACAUUAUGUGGACGAUAUGCUGACGAGUGUGGAAACAGAAGAGGAAGCUACAGAGCUAGCGCACCAGGUGAGCCAAAUUCAUACUAACGCCGGAUUCUCUCUCCACAAUUGGCUUUCAAAUAGCAGCAAAGUAAUGAUGACGGUAAAAGGAAACCAGGAAGCCGGAAAGGAGAUGGAUUUCGAAUCGUGCCUGAAACCCGAGAAGGUGCUGGGAAUGUGGUGGGACACCACGACGGACAGCUUCAGCUUUAAGCUUUCCCGCGUAAGACACCUUGAGUUGGCACGUAAAGACAAACCGCUAUCCAAAAGGCAAAUGCUUAAAACCCUGAUGUCUAUAUACGAUCCGUUGGGCUUGAUUGCUGGUGUGCUGUUCUAUUUAAAAGUUCUUCUGCAGGAGGUAUGGCGUUGCCAGCUGAGCUGGGACGAUGAAGUCCCCGACGAAAUACGGCGUAAAUGGGAUUUGUGGAUGGAACGAUUGCCGGAGCUAGAGAGUAUCGUGAUUCCUCGAUGCUAUCGACAGUUGGUUCCGCUACCUGAAUUGUCCCUGCAGCUUCAUGUGUUCGUUGACGCGGGUGCUGACGGAUAUGCGGCGGUCGCGUAUUUCCGCUUCGAGUAUGAAGGAAGGAUUGAAGUAGUUCUGGUUGGAUCAAAGGCAAGAGUAGCACCACUUAAAUACUUAUCCGUUCCUAAGCUAGAAUUGCAGGCCGCCGUCAUGGGAUGCAGACUAGCCACCGCGAUAGCGGGCGCUCAUCGACAGACCAUUCAUCGCUACUGCUUCUGGACGGAUUCAACAGUUGUGGACUGGCUGAACGCAGAUCAUCGCAAGUACUCGGUUUUCGUAGCACACAGAAUCGCAGAAGUGCUGGAAACGACUUCGACCGACGAAUGGCGAUGGGUCCCAACCACGAUGAACGUAGCUGACGAAGCGACUAAGUGGGCCAAUUUAAAAUACAACCUUGCUUCCGAGCGCUGGUUUCAUGGGCCCGAGUUCCUGCACCUACCGGAGACGGAAUGGAAUAUACCGCAACGAGUGCCAUCGGAGACCCGUGAGGAGAGACGCAAGAAGAAAGCAGCGAAGCUGGUUGGAGUUCACGCAGUGCGCCCGGAAUUCGUCAUCUACGAAAGAUUCUCGCGUUGGACGCGUCUCGUUCGGACAAUGGCCUACGUAUGUCGGUAUGUAAAAAUCGUCAUGAAAUCCGAUUCUCGAUCUACAGGUCCACUCACCCGCGAAGAAGUACAAGCUGCUGAAAAGGCGAUCAUAAGGGAUGUACAGAGGAGUGCGUUUCCUGACGAAUACAAGCUUCUGCAAAAGCACAAGGAAAAUCCUAACGCGACACCAUGGAAGUGCCCGAUAACUCGAAGCAGCUCCCUGUUUAAGCGAAAUCCCUACAUGGACGAGGAAGGCAUCCUCAGGAUAAGCGGAAGGAUCGACCGCUGUCAUUUCGUGGACCUGUCGACGAAGCGUCCUAUCAUUCUACCCGGUAAACACUACGUGACGGAGCUGAUCGUCGACGAUGUGCAUCGCCACUACAAGCACGGCAGCCAGGAAACCGUGGUCAACGAAGUAAGGCAACGAUACGACGUACCAGCGCUGAGAUCG